AUGGCAGCAGCAUCAACACAAGCAGGCUCCGCCUUCACGCGGUUUUGGAACCACCCUGCUGGUCCCAAAACGAUCCACUUCUGGGCGCCAGCUAUGAAAUGGGGCCUAGUAAUAGCUGGCCUCAGCGACCUUCAACGCCCUGUCGAGAAGCUCUCUGUAACGCAAACAGUCGCCCUCGCAGCAACCGGCGUUAUCUGGUCCCGCUACUCGUUGGUGAUCACGCCGAAGAACUGGUCGUUGUUUGGUGUGAAUAUGUUUGUGGGGGCGACAGGGAUUUAUCAGUUGAGCAGAAUAUGGAGGUAUGUCCAG